UGAAUAUCAGAAGAUUCUAUUCCAUUGAUAUUUAACAAAUGCUAUCAAACCAGUAACCAGGGCCGAUGACUUCCCGAGUUUAUCGAGACCGCCGGGCGCUGCAGUAUUUAACAAUAAUAAUAUUAUUAUGCUGUUGCUUCCCUUACCCCCAUGACAAGUGCAAAGGUCGAGUGCAGGUUUCCGGAGAGUUAAAUUCCGAUAGGGGGGUGUAGAGGUGGGAUUGAGGGAUUGGAUUUUGCGAUGGACGUGAUAACCUUUGGAUGCUUUUACAUUUUUGCCUGUACAGUACUUUCAAAAGCUCUUCUAUUCUCUCGAGAGAUUGAGAACAUGAGAGAGUUGCAAAUUGGUUAUCUCCUUUGGUGUAAAACAGGACCCAAGCGGCUUAC